CGCAUGACACACCUUUACUGGUCAUGAUGGUAUGCGGGUGAAGCGUAGUUCAACAGCAAGCAAGAUCGUUGAUGAUGGCUUGUUUGCAAGCAACUUUGGUCGUGUUUAUGAUAUUAUGUGGCAUAGUAUGGUCCGAACAGCGAUAUACAAAAUGCACAGAUCCACUGGGAAUGGAAGAUGGGAGGAUUGAAAAUGGUGCCAUCACAUCUUCGUCCCAGGCUAGUGAUGACAAGGGACCAGAGAAUGCAAGGUUAAAUAGUGUGCAUGAUGCAUGGACGUCCGGCAUCACCGAUUAUAACCAGUAUAUACAGGUGGACCUGCGGCGGCGCCACGAGAUCACGGGCAUUGGCACGCAGGGUCGCGGUGGCAGCGAUGACUACAUCACGGAGUACCACGUGCUCUACAGCGACAACGGUCGCGAUUGGAUGGACUACGUGAACAAGCUUGGUCGCACGAAGACGUUCAAUGCAAACACAGACUCGACGUCGAUGGUGCAGAACACGUUUGAGCAGCCAAUCGUAGCGCGCUACAUCCGCAUCAACCCGGUCCAGUGGCACCAGUACAUCUCAAUGCGCAUGGAGCUGUUCGGCUGCAUCUACUCAUCGCAGACCGUGCAGUUU